GCCUCGUUCUACAAAUGGACAUUUAGCAGGUGUGACUGAAAACAGAAAUAUGUCUCCUCACACUGGAACGGGAAACAAAAUCUGGAAUAUUCUUAGCAACCCGGAAACAUCAAUAUGGGCGAAGAUAUAUGCCGGGAUAUCAGAUUUUCGUUGCUGCAACAACACCAUAUUUGCAAACUGUUUCAACUGUGGAAACCAGUACCACUGUGGACCGGGGCUAUAAUAAAGUCACUAAAGAACCGGUUGUACUUUUUGAGGCUACCAUCAUAUCUUUAGUAUGCUGUUUAUUCUUUACCGUAGAAUACAUCUUGCGACUGUUGUAUUCACCAAACAGGAAAAACUUCAUUUUGUCUUUCCUUGGUAUAAUAGAUUUCUUGGCUAUCCUUCCAGAGUGGCUGUCCUUUGUCAUUGAACUUCUUGUAGCGGAAAAUUUGUCUGUCUUCAGGGUUUUCUGUGUUUUGAGAAUUUUCCGUAUCCUCCGUCUUUUAAGAAUUUUUAAACAUUUUAAGUUAAUGCUUGGAACGGACGUUUUCGUGUACACUUUAAAGUCUUGCUUUGGGCAGUUGAUUUUUAUUACUUUCCUUUCAUCCAUUCUUGUUGUAUUCUGGGGAACUGUAAUAUACAGCGCUGAGUUUCCUGGUUAUGAAACAAAAUAUCAAAGUAUUCCAGACGCGUUCUGGUGGGCAGUUAUAACAAUGACAACCGUGGGUUAUGGCGAUAUGUUUCCGGUAACUACUGAAGGCCAAAUAGUGGCUUCUUUAUGUGCAGCAUGCGGUCCACUGAUAAUUGGACUUCUUGUUGCUGUUCUAGUUAAUGGUAUGAUCAACAGUUCUAGGAAGUUACAGGGCAGUAGGCAGAGAACUGUUUUAAAAAACGAACCGUUAGCAAAUGUUAACUAAUUUAUUUUUUGUAUCACAUUUCUUGUGUUAAAUACGCGGCCGUGACCGAGGGGUUAAGGUGUCUAACUACAACCAACCUUCCCCUUAAUUAUAGCUGCCGGUUCAAAUCCCACUAGGGACCUUUCAUGUUAUGAAACUCGCUAGCUAGAUAACAGAAUUCAUAUGUUCUAAUCAGGUACUUGCCUGCGCUUGAAAUAAUGCUUGAAGGGGCAUUCGAGGUGCUCCUUCACCAGUAAAGCUUGUCAAGUACGCCAUAUGAACUUUACCAUGUUAGUGCGACUUUAACACAACCAACAAAGGUAUUUUGUGUAAAUAAACUUCUAAAGAAACCCGUAUCAUCUC